UCAACAUUGUUUAUUGAACAAGUUUCGGCGAAAAACCAUUAUAAGGUGUGAUUGUGUAAUGGCUUCUUCUAGUAGUUUAACAAUACAAUCAAGUUUCGUCUCUGCAAGAACAAGACUCAGUUCCUUCUCCAAGCCAAAUCUUUCUGGCUUCGCUUGUCGUUCUCUUUCAAAACCCAGAAACUUGAGUCUCUCUGUUUCUUCUAUGGGUUCUUCUAGUUCUUCUCAGAAACCAGACAACGUCCAAGAGGCUGAGAAGAGUGACUAUGCUUCUCUAAGUGAAAAUGAAUGGAAGAAAAGGCUAACACCAGAACAGUAUUACAUCACUAGACAGAAGGGGACAGAGAGAGCUUUCACUGGGGAGUAUUGGAACUCAAAGACCCCAGGAGUAUACAAUUGCGUAUGUUGCGACACGCCUCUAUUUGAUUCAUCAACAAAGUUUGAUAGUGGAACUGGGUGGCCAUCUUAUUAUAAACCAAUUGGAAACAAUGUGAAGACAAAGCUAGACCUCUCUAUCAUCUUCAUGCCCAGACAAGAAGUUGUCUGUGCUGUUUGUAAUGCCCAUCUUGGCCAUGUCUUUGAUGACGGUCCACGCCCAACCGGAAAACGAUAUUGUCUCAACAGUGCUGCUCUGAAACUAAAUGCAUUGGAGAAAACAAGAGAUUGAGAGUUUCUGGUACAAGGAUUUGUUCAUAUUACAUCAUACAUUAUAUCCAUUGUAUUUCCUCGUAUUAAGUCGUUGUAUGUAAGUCAACUGUAAUCCAUCUAAAGGUUUAAACUUUGAGUUGAUUACACGAUCUCCUAGACAGCACAUUCUUAAAUUUAUUUACUCCAAUCUC